UAAAACAGAAACAUUAAGGGUUUUCAUAGUAUAUGUUUCACAAUGAUUAUAAAACAUUGUGGUCUCUAUUUAAAAAUUCAUGUUCCAUGCAGCAAGAAUGUUGACUGUUUUCAUGGACAUGAUUCUGUUAUGUAUACCCCAGGGCCAAGUCCAGUCUCAUACCUGUGAGAAUCUCCUGCACUUAGAUGAAGUGACUUCACCUGGGUGGGGCCAGAUGGAGAGAGCCAUGAAUGGAAAAGUAACUGUUCAGGAGAAACAAAUGGUUGAGGUGGAUGAAAAGAUCAGUGUUCUUGAGGAGGAGCUCAGUAAGUUGUUUGGCACAGUUAAAGAAUCCACCAGGGAUGUGUCUGGUCUACAUUCUAAGGUGGGCCGGAAGCGAGCCAUCAAUGAGCACCACGCUGCAGCUCAGGAGAGCUUUGGCAACACCCUCAGCAGCCUGUUUAAUAAUAUGGAAGAGCUGAUCAAGGAUGGCGGUGCCAAACAAAAGGCCAUGCUAGACUCGCAUAGGACACUGUUGAGUAACCUGAUGUCUUCCAGUGUCUCUGCACUAGACACCAUGACCAUGACAGCACUUGGAUCUCUCAUAUCCAUUCCAGGAAAUGUGUUGGCUCACGUCUCUCAGAUCUCUGAUAUGAUAUUGGAAGAGCAGUCAUUAGCAGCACAGAGUAAAAGUGUGCUACAGGGAUUUAUUGAUGAACUUGUGACCAAUCUUUUCACUUCCGUGAAGAUCAUCAUAGCCCCUGGUGUGGUCUCCAUCUUGAACAUAAAUAGGCAACUACAGCAUAUUUUCAGGGCUUCAUCUGCAGUGGCUGAAAAGGUACAUGUUUUAUCUUCUUAAUACCUCAGAUUUGAUAGGUUAUUUUUAAAAACUAAUUUUUUUCCCUCAAAGGUAGAAGAUCAAAAAAGAGAAAUAGACAGUUUUCUCAGAAUAUUGUGUAAUAAUUUACAUGAACUCCAAGAAAAUACAGUUUCUUCCUUGAUUGAAUCACAAAAGCUCUGUGGAAACCUAACCAAAGACCUGAAGACAAUAAAGGAAACCCAUUCACAGGAACUUUGCCAGUUAAGCAGUAGGUGGGCAGAGAGAUUCUGUGCUUUGGAGAAGAAGUAUAAAAACAUCUAGAAACCACUGAACAGUAUUCAAGAGAUUACAGAGCAGUAAGAAAAUCUUAACUUCUUUCAAAAUCUUCUGUAAGCCUGGAAAGAUAUUCAAAAGGAAGAAAGACUUCAGACAGUACAAACAAUUCUGGCUUGCUUAUAAGUAAAUUUGUGACUUUUUGUGUGUGUGUGUGUAUAUAUAUAUAUAUAUAUAUGAAUGAAUAUAUCCUUUUGUGUCCACCCUGAUUUGUUUUUUUUCAGUACAUGAUAUAUUCUAAAUGCAAGUAGAAAGUUCUUAUUACUAAGUGAUUGUCUUUACUCAGCAACAUUUUA